GCCUGUCAGACCUUAUGGCAAGAUUGCACAGCGGGCCCACACACUGCGCGUCAGUCAGGGAUUCAGUGCAACACAACGCACCUCAACUGAGUCUCCCCCACAUCCAUCCAUCCAUGAAUGGCAAUACGUCUGUAUGUCUCGAGUAUGUAUGUACAUCAGACCAAUGAGCGUUACAGCAGCAGAGCAUCCAAGCCAUCCGUUAUGCAGAGAGAAAGCUGUACACACCAGGAGAGCUAGAGGGAGUCGUAUCAUCUGUAUCCAUGUAUCCACCAGCAACAAGGAGAGAUCGAGAUAAUCGAGACAAAGAAGGCCAAAAACGGCCCGACUGACUGUCUGUCCGUUCCACCCACCCACCCAUAGCACAGACAGAUGGAUCGUUGAUCAGCGGACUGACACCCACCAGCAGAGCAACCAGCAUUCAAAAACACAUUCCAUCAAGCAGGCAUGAAUGACCUGGCCCCAAAACGACCCACCCUCACGCCCUCCUUCCUUCCCCCUCAUUUGUCGCCCCCAGCCGCCUCGAACCUUGCAUCUUCGUGCGGCCCAUCUGGACCGCUCUCCUCAUCAUCAGACGAGCUGCUCUCGUCUUCUUCCUGGUCGCCUUCCUGCCUCUCACCAGCCCCACCACCACCACCACCAGCAAGCAUAGCGUGCCGCGUCAAGCUCUUCCUCAGUCUCUCAGCCAGCACCUCCCUGUCCAAUAUGACGCUCGCCCCACCGCCACAAAAGUCCCUGUUCUUGACAUCCUUGAUAAGUGACCCGUCCUCCUCGCUCAAGUCAUCAUCAGUGGCUAUCUCUGCCAGCUGCCGAUACUGGGGGUCCUUCGCAGUGAGGAACUCCAGGCGCACACUGUCUGGCGUGAACUCGAUAUGCGAGAAGGCCGACUUUCUGUUGGGAUUGAGCACCACGUUCUUGUAGGCCUUGCCGAGCUCGUGAGGCUGCUGGAGGCGCGAGAGGAAGCCUGCUUGCGCCUUGGCACCUUGCAGGGCCUGCGGGAAGAUCUGCACGAGGGCUUUGCCCUUCAUUUCGAGAAGAGAAGAAGCAAAACAAGGACGCCCAGAGCCUCACCAGGGGCUGACAGAGGGGAAGAGAGGAAAGACGCUGAA